AUGGCAUCGGUAGAGUUUUGUGACGAGGAAGACAACAGUCUGAUACCGUUACAUUCCCACCCCCACCUGCAAGACAAUGUUGUUCGAAUGACGAUAUGGGCCGAGUUUGGGGGCGACUAUGACUGUGAUUUCAUUUCAACCAUGCUGAAUAAUUUUCCAAAGAAACUUCGCAAGGUCACCAUUUACGACAUUUACCGAUUCUCGCCAGACUAUGUGGCUCUAUUUGCACUGAUUCUCAACAAGACAGAGCGGUUGGAGCUCUCAGAUUCGCUGAGGCGUAACCUGGAAGUUUGUCAAGCCUUUCAACACCACAGCAUUAAAGAACUCGAUUUGUAUCAGCUUGGUGCCAUUUCAACGAGCCAAGCACGAUACAUCUUUGAUGGAAUAGCAUAUUCGUCAUCUCUCCAGAAACUGCAUCUGGACAUUAUUUUUGAAGAACACGAAGUGGCCAUCCCAUUGCUGGUAGAUGCUCUGCGACAAAACCGAAGCCUGAAAAGUCUAAGCCUUAAUUUGCCAACCGUGGAAGGGGAUAGGUUUUUUUCCAAUGCCAUUCGAGCGGCAGUGGUCGAUAUGAAACUCAAGUGCUUAUCUAUAGGAGAUCCGCGGUGUAUUGUACAACUGCCAAUGGAUGAUUUGAUGGAAGCUACAUGUCGACCAGAUUGCUCGUUGGAACGCUUUAGCAUGCGAGGAAUCGAGCCAUCUCCGGUGAUGGAGGAGUCGGCCAUGGACAUCGACACCGACGAUGGCGAUAUUUUUAUGCACCGAAAUACAUCAGUGAAAGAACUAAUCAUUUGGGGAAUCACGUUGGAUUGUUCCCGUAUCAUGGAUACUGUUGGUUUGUUCCAGUCACUAGUCUCACUCCAACUUGUGGACACCAACAUUUCGAAUCUUUCUCCGUUGGACCGUUUGUUGAUUGGCGACAAUUUGACACUCCAACAUCUAUCACUUGGUGGCCAUCAUAUGACCAACCAAGACUUGUUGCAAUUUGUUCUCAAACUACCAGAGAUGAAAUGCCUCCGACACUUGAAAAUUGCGAUUGAUGCAAAGGUCCAAACCGAUUCAUGGAAAGACGCCCUUGCGGAUGCACUCUUGCGCAACAAGAGCCUGGAGCAAGUGAACGUAGGAAGAUUUACCGAGUUACAAUGUGAAAACAAAUACAAUGUGCAGUUGCAUGUCAACCGCGCAUGGAAGCCGAGUUCCAAACAAAUGCCAAAGAAUCUCUGGCCUCAAGUGCUCCAACGGGCAACGAGAUUGCUGUACUAUAGGGACAAUGAUGACUGGGAGAAGCCAAGCUUGGAAGUUCCAAGGAGGGAUGCUACGUUUUGGUUGUUGAAGGAAAUGGUUGUGCCUCAAUCGUAUUGCUGA